CAAACCUCCAUUAUCAUCACAAGCUAAUCAUCAAUAUUUAAUUCAGAAAAAUGCAAAACUAAAUGAAUUAUUAGACACAAAGCCAAAUGUAACAUGUUUGUUAAAUAGCUGUAUGGAAUUAGGAGAAAAAUUAUAUUUGAGUACAUCUACAUCUGGAAGAGAAAACAUAAAAUGUCAAUUGGAUGAACUUCAAACAGUAUUUGACACUUUGUAUGAUGAUCUUUUGAAUAUUAACAGAGAAGUCAAAGAUCAACUAACUAGAUGGAGUGGAUUUGAAGAAAUAUACAAUGAAUUAAACCAAUGGUUUAACAACACAAAACAGAUAUUAAAUAAGGAUUUAGUGCUUAAAUCUACAUUAGAUGAAAAGAAAAUGCAAUUACAAAUUUACAGAGAGAUGCUCCAAGCCGCAUUAAAGAGAAAACAAGAUAUUGUAAAGUUACAGGACCUUACAAGCAAAAUGCAAAUGCGAGAAAAUAAUGAUAUACUCUUAUCAUCAAUGAGUAAACAACACAAUGACAUUUUAAAACAAAUUCAAGAUUUCGUAGACAAAUAUGAAGCAAUUGUAAAAGACCAUGAACAGUAUACAAAAUCUGUAAUGGAAAUGCAAGAAUGGCUUGAUGCAACACAUAAUACUUUGAUGCUUUGGGGCGAUACAAAUUUGGAAAAGAUCUCUUUGUUGAGCAAUCUGGACAGAAUAAAGAAUUUGUUAUUAAGCCUUAAUGAAGAAGAAAACAGAAUUUAUAAUAUACAAAAACUAGCAGAAAAAGUUAUUCCUGGUACCAUUGAAAAUGGCCAAGUAAAUAUUAGGGCACAAAUUGAUUCAUCACAACAAGAUUGGGAAGGACUAAUGACGACAGUAAAAACAUCAAUAGAAGCUUUAGAAAAUAAACUUAAUAGUUGGAAUGAAUUUGAUGUACUCAAGGAAUCAUGCUUAACAUGGUUACGUGAAACUGAUUAUAAAAUCCAUGCUAUUGAUUUAAAAAAUUCAUUACAAGAAAAGAAAACUCAGCUUGAAGAACUUAAGGAUUUACAAGGAGUGAUUCGUGCUAAAGAGUUUGAGAUUGAUUCAAUCACAGAAAAAUCACAAAACCUAUACACUAUGUCAAUGUCAACCAAAAAUUCCCAGAUCACAGAAAUUGUUCAAAAGUUUCAUCAGCUUUCAAUGAAAAUAAAAGAAUUGGUUGGAAAAUGGCAACAAUUUUUAAACAAUCAUUUGGAAUUUGAAAGCAGUUUAAGUGAAGCCAUUAUUUGGUUAGAUUCUGCAGAUGAUAAAUUAACAAGCUGUACAGAUUUCAAAUCUACCAGUAAAGCUGAUUUAGAAGAAAAACUUAUUGUUAUUCAAGACAUCUUGUUGUAUAAAGACGAUGGUUUUAAUAAAGUCCAAAAUUGCAUUGAAAUAGCUCAAAUAGUUUUGGCCAAUACCGCACCUGAAGGUCACAAAUCAAUAAAUGAAUCACUUACAUCUUUACAAGAACAUUGGAGUAGCUUAGCAACAAAAAUGAUUGAAACUAAGACAAAUAUUGAUGAAUCAAUUCAACGGUGGUCAGGAUUUUUAGAACAUGUAAAACAAGAAGGAAAGAUAAUAGAAAAAUUUGAGGACGCAUUACCAGAAUUGGAAGAAUUUCAAGGGACUAUGUCUGAAAAAAGAGAUCAAUUAGAAAAAUUAAAACAUUUAGAUGAAAAAGUCCGUUGUGAAAAGUUAGAAAUGGAUUCUUUGAAAUUAAAAGCACAUGAAAUGUUAAAAACUGGGCAUCAAAGCAAUGCUGUGGCAGAAACACAAGAAGUAUUCAAUAAGUUUGAUCAAAUUUCAGAUAAAGUCAAGAAAUUACUUAAUCAACGCGAGCAACAAUAUAAGGAUCAUAAAACUUAUAAAGAAGCAUAUGAAGAAUUAUCUAAUUUUUUGAAUAGAUCUCGAGAUAAAAUACCAUCUCUGAAAGAACGACCACUUAGUGAUAAAUUAGCAAUUGAAAAUGCAAUAACACCGUUGGAAACCUUAUUAAAUAAAAGAGCUCAAGGUGAAUUGCUUUUAGAUAACUUGAACACAAUUGGAGGAAUUAUAAUUGCAAGCACUUCUGAAAAUGGAGAAAAAAUUAUAAAACAAGAAAUUUCAUCCAUAACUGAUGAAUUAAACAAAUUAUUUGAUGAUAUAUUAACUCAAAAAGAUAAUCUCCAUGCUAUUCAUACACAUUGGAGAGAAUAUAAAGAUGAGUAUGAAAAACUAUCAGAUUGGUUACAACAAAUUGAUAUAUCUAUGAAGGCUAUUAAAAAUACACCAUUAGCAACGGUAUUAGAAAAAACUGAUCAAGUAAAACAAAUACAGGAUGUGUUAGAUAAUUUAGAAAAAGGUAAAUCUAAUAUUGAGAGAUUUAAUGAAAGUUCGGGACCACUUUUAAAAUCGCAUCUUGAAACUUAUGUCAAUAAUCAGUUAAGACAUCUCAAUUCCCGUUACGAAGUACAAGUGAAUUUAGCAAAGGAUGUUCAAAGAAAAGUAGAGACAAAUCUUGAACACCAUUUACAGUAUGAAAAUUAUUUAGAAAAAGCCAAAACAUGGAUAAAUGAUGCAAAAGAGGCAAUUAGAUGUGGAAAUGAAACAACAACAUCUAAUACUAGUAAAGAAGUUUUACAAUCUCGACUUGAUAACAUUUUGGAAUUAUUAAAAUCACAAGAAGAAGGUCAAUUAAUUAUUCAUUCCACUGUAAACUCUGGUGAAAAAGUUCUGAGGAGUACCAGAUCUGAUGGGAAAGAUCUAAUAAAUAAUCAAUUAAAAGAAAUUCAAGUAGACUGGGAUAGACUUGUGAAGAAAAUAGCUACAUCAAAAGUGCACCUUGAAACAAGCCUCCUACAAUGGGCUGAUUAUAAUUCAUCAUAUUCGCAUCUAGAACAAUGGAUUUCAGAUCGUGAAGCUAAACUCGACGAAGUCUGUGAACUUAAGGUAUCAAAAGCAAAAAAAAAUCAAGUUGGAUUUGGUUCUCUAAGUAUUGGAGAACGUAAAGCAACAUUACGUAGAACAAAUAGUAUUGUUCAAGACAUAGUUUCUUUUGAACCUAUGAUUCAAAAAGUGACUCUUAAGGCUGAAGAUUUGCAACAGGCUGUACCUGCUAAUGAAAUAACUAAUAAAUAUCAUACAUUAAGUAUCAAAGCAAAAGAUCUUUAUGAAAGGCAAAAAGAAACUGUUAGAUUACAUCAAGAAUUCAUAGAUGCUGGAAAUGAUUUUGCUACAUGGUUACGGUCAGCUAAAGAACGUGUUAGUAAAAUAUCUGAACCAACAGGAGAUAAAGAAAUGUUGAGUGCAAAGUCUGUUCAGUUCAAGGUAUUACAGAGUGAAUUACCUACAGGACAAAACAAAUUGGAGUUUGCUCUUGAAAGAGCAGAGAAAGCUUGUUCCUAUGCUGAUGAAGAAGAAAAAGAAAUAAUCGAACAAGAAGUGGUAAUGCUUCAAGAAGAAUUUGAUAUACACAAUGACACUCUUCAAAAAACAAAAGCAUUAUUAGAAGAUGGCAUAUAUAAAUGGAAUGACUUUGAUGACUACUCUAAAGGUGCAACAGAAUGGUUGAAUAAUACUGAAAAACUUGUUCAAUCAUACAAUAAACUGCAGCCAAGUUUAGAAGGAAAAAAAGAAGCAUUAGAAGAAUUCCAAACGCAUUUGCAAACAUUGUUUGAUUGGCAAAAGGAAUUGGAUAUUUUAAAUGGAAAAGCACAGGUUCUAUUAGAAACGUGUUCUGAUACACGUUUAUCAAACUCAAUCACUCAGAUGACAACCAAAUACAAUACAUUACUUUCUUUAGCUAAAGAAGUAAUGCGACGUUUAGAAUUACAUUAUCAAGAACACCAACAACAUAAUUCACUGUACCAGGAAUGUCUAGAUUGGCUCGAAAGAACUCGAGAUAAGUUAAAUGAAUGCGAAGAAAUACCUAACAGCUUAAAUGAAGUGAAGAGUAAACUUCAAAGCUUAAAAGUGAUUAGACAAACACUUGAACAAGGUCAAAAUCGAUUACGAUACAUAAUGGAAUUAAAAGAAAAAGUUGUUUUAAGUACUGAACCUCAAGGCGCUGUUAAAAUCGAAGAAGACACAGAAAAUUUAAGACAAGAAUUUGACAAGCUUUCUAAUAAAAUUCAAGUGUGUAACAAUAAUUUAACAUUAAAAGUAUCACAACUUGAAGAAUUAGAAAAAUGUAUAAAAAUAUUAAAUGAAUGCUUGGAUGAUAUAAGCUCUAAAAUCAAUGGAAAUGAUCUUGAUCAACCAUUAAAUAAUUUAAGUGAAAAGAAAACUGCAUUUGAAAAAUUGAAGUCCUUACUUCACGAACUUAAUACUCACAAUGAUUUGGUUAAUCGAUUAUCGACCAAUAUUGAAAAUAAGUCUUCUUCACUUCCGGAAUCAAUAACUUGUGUAUCAAGAUAUAAUAGUCUUAUUAAUAUGAUAACUAAUAAACUAUUAGCUAUGGAAAAUCAAGUAGCAGAACAUGAAGCUUAUAGAAGUGCGUUUAUAAACGUAAAUGAUUGGUUAAGAAAAACUCGAAUUGCAGUUCAAAGUUGUGCUGAUACACAUGGUGAUUAUAAAGUUAAUGAUUCUAAGAUCACUCAGCUAAAGAAUAUUGAAGAUUCUUCUCCAAGUGGUGAAGCAAUGAUUAAAGAUGUUUUGACACUAAUUGAAACUCUGAAAAACAGUACUGGUCCAGAAGGUUGUGAUAAACUAAAUCAAGAUAAAAAUCAAUUAAACUGUGACUGGGAUGAGCUAAAGCAUUUCAUUAAAGAAGUUCAAUCAGCAUUAAAUAAAUGUGCUAAGGCGUGGGAUGAUUUUAAUGUAGUAUAUAAGGCAUUAAAAGACUGGGAAACAGAUUUAACCAAUAAAGUCAACAUUGCUUCAAUGUCUAAUGAGGCAUAUACUCCAGAUGAUUUAGACCAAUACAAACUUUGGCUACAAGAAAUCAUCAAUCAAAAUUUAUCUAUUGAAGAACUUACUGAUCGAUGUGAAUCAUUAAUGGAAUUGAGUGCAUGCAAUUGGGUUAGGGAUGACACAUUAAAAAUACAAUCAUCAUACACAACUUUAUUAACUACUACUCAAGGACUUGUAUCAAAGGCAGAAAAGAGUUUAACUGAUCACACUGAAUUUAUAGCAGCAAAAGAAAAAGUUGAAGAAUGGUUAAAUCAUGCUCAUGGUACAGUUCAAGAUUGCAUUGGUGAAGGUGAUUUAGAUUGGGUGAAAGACAAACUACAAACAGUACAUCUGGUUUCUUCUAGAAUAACAGAAGGUCAAUAUUUAAUGAAUGGUAUGCAGGAAGUUUUCACUAAAGCAUUGAACAACACAUUAGCUGCAGAAAGAAACACUUUAGUUAAUGGUAUGGAAGAACUAAAUAACAGUUGGAACAGUUUAAAUAUUGAUUUAAAUUCUGUUAUUGCACAUUUGAAAUCUCUCCAAGCUCGCUGGGAAGAAAAUAAUGAAGCAAAAGAUAACCUUGAGAAAUGGUUAAGUUCAUUGGAAUCUAAAACCACUAAAAAGCAUGAUUUUAGAGCAGAUGUUGGAGAAAUGAAAACGCUUCUUGAAAGAUUAAAUUAUUCAAUAAAUGAGAUUGAUGAAAAAGAAACAGAUUUUAAUCAUAUUAUCACUGAAACCGAAGAACUUUCGAAGUUCUGUAAAAAUAAUAAUCUAAAUUCUGAUAUUAAACAGUUAAAAACAAGAAAAAAUAUUCUCAAGGAAAAAACAUUGAAACGUAUAGAUAGCUUAGAAAGUGAAAUAUCACAACAUUCUAAUUAUUUACAAGCACUUCAAGAAUCUGAAAAAUGGUUAUUACAAAUAUCAUUUCAGUUGAUGGCUCAUAAUUCAUUGUAUAUCACCAACAGACAACAAACACAAGAACAAAUAAGACACCAUCAAGUCUUACUCAAUGAAAUUAUUCAGUAUCAAGAAGUAUUAGAUGAUUUAAAAUCAAAAGGAAAAACUCAAAUAGAACGUUAUGUUACAUCCACACCAACAAUUCAAACAAUAGUUGAACAACAAUUGAGUAAUAUUCAAGAUAGUUAUAAUUCCUUGUUUAACACAGCCCAGCAAAUAAAAUCUAGACUCGAAGAGUCUCUAUUAAAAUUUAAACAAUACGAAGAUAUGUUGGAAAGUAUUUGGUCAAACUUGGAUGAUUACCAACCAUUUAUGAACAAAACCAUAGAUGAUAAUUGGUCUCUUACAGAAGCUAAAGAGCAGUUAGCAAUUUACCGAGAUCUUUUGGACAAGUUACAAGGAGAGAAAACUAGAUUGGCUUUAGCUGUACAAGCUUGUGAGGCUGCAGUAGCAAGUAUAUCAAGACCUAGCAGUCCUGUGGAGUCUACAAACUCUAUGAUUCCUGAACAAGAAAUUGCUAUCCGUUUACGCUUAGAAGAAAAUCUCGAUCAGAAAAGCAAACCAGCACCAGAACUCUCUAAAACACUGUUAUCAAUGCUUGAACACUUAGAAGACACAGGCAUACCUAAAAUUUUAAUUCCAUUUACUGAUUAUGUACAAAACUUUGUUGAUGAAUUGGUCAAUAUGAUAUCAAUUUUGGAGAAUAAACACAACCAGCGUGCAAUAGUUUAUGAAUGGAUAGAAAAAGAAAUUAUUAUUUUAAACAAAAUGAAAGAAAAACCAACUAGGAUUAACAUAGAGGCAACUACUCAAGAAAUAACCAAUUUAAAUGAAAUGUUACAAAAUGUUAAUGAUAAAAAAUUGGAAAUAGCUCAAUUAGUUUCAGAUGAUCCAUCUGAUAAACUUGUUACUGAUUUAGACAAUUUGAUAGAUAUGAUAAAUCAAAUACUUCAGAAAAAACAAUCUGAUCAAAACUUAUUGUUAGUAUAUAAAAAUAGUGAAACAGAUUUACAAAAUUGGUUUGAUAAUUUGUCUAAGUGUAUUGAAUCCUUGGAAAAAGGCAGUGGAAAUACUUGUCUACAAAAAUUAGUACUGUUUAAUAGUAUUAAAGAAGAUUAUAUAAAUAAUGGAGAAAAACUAAUCAAUAGUUUAAGAUCCAACUGUCAAAAUUUAAGAGAAGUAGUCAGUAUAUCAGAUGCUCAGUUACUUGAUGAUCAGAUGAAAUCAGCUGAUAGGCGUUAUAGAGACUUUUGGACAAGAAUGGAAAGAAAAUAUGAAAUCAUAGAAAAUUCAAAAAAAAAUUUACUUUAUGCUACAUCACAAAUAGAAGAAAUUAAUAGUUGGAUAGAUGAAAAAUCACAACUGUUGGAUGAAAAUAAUAUAAUUAGUUAUGAUAGUAACAAUGUUGAAAAGAAGUUAAUUGAUUUGAAAAAUAUUAAUAAAGAAGCAGAGACAAAACAAGUAUUUUUAACUGAUUCACUUACAGUUAAACUCAAUGCUAUAGAACUUGAAUCUGAGCCUAUAGAGUACAAUAACCUCGAGGAAAAAUUAUAUAAACCUACUAUCAACAAGUUGGAUAAUUUUAAAACAAAAAUAAAUGAAAUUCUACAAAAAAUGAAAAAUAUGCAUGAAGCCAGUCUAAAGUUUGAAAAUUCACUUACUCAAUGUAAUGUAUGGUUAGAUCGAAGUGAAAAGGAUCUCUCACCAGAUAAAUAUAAACUUGAACCUUUAGAAUUAAUUGUAGCUGAAAAAAAUGUUGAAAAAAUUUUGAAUUUUAAAACGGACAUUCAAUGUUUUAAAGAUGGGAAAUUAUCGGAUUUGGAAAAAAAUAGUCAAGUUUUAUCUAAUUUUUGUGAUAAAAACAAUAUUUCAGUAAUACAAUCAAUCUUAAAUGAUGUUCUAAAUAAGACUAAACAAAUUGAUAAUAUGAGUAAUAUUAUCGAAGAAAAAUCAAAAUCUAUUUUGGAAAAUAGGAAAAAUGUUGAAAAUAAUGUUAAUAUAUGUCAACAAUGGUUUAGUGAAGUAGAAGUGAUUAUGUCUGCUGAUGUUCGUCUAUCAAGUUUAAACAUUGUGGAAGAUCAACUGCAAAAGUAUGAUGAUCUUAAUAAACGCAGUUCUGAAAUUGACCAAACUAUUGAACAACUUAAAAUAAUUAGUGAACAAAUGGUACUAUGUGAACCAGAUACAUUAAAAAUUAGUGAUCAGAUUUUAUCAUUAGAAAACAGUCAAAAAAGAACAAAAGCCAUGAUAAAAGAUAGAAUUGAAAUGAUUGGACAGUAUCUAGAAAAAAUGAAAAGUAUUUCAAAAACUGUAGAAGAAAGUAAGAAAAUUAUUUUAAAAGUUGAGUCAAACUUGCAAGAGCUUGAUCGUCCGGUAGGAAGUACUAUGGAUGAUGUCAAAGACAUGAUAAAUUCUUAUGAAGUAUUGUUAAAAGAACUAAAACAUUGGAACGAUAAAUUAAGUGAUAAUGAUAAUGAAUCACUUAUUGAAAUUGUUAAGCAGCAAGAAGAUCUAAUCAAUACAAUUGAAAAACAACUAUCAAAACUUAGACAGUUGUUACACCUUCAUGAGCAGUUUAUGACAUUAAUUGCAGAUAUUGUCAUGUUUCUUACUAAAUAUUCUAGUGUAGUCAAUGAAAUUGGAAAAUCUGGAAACACUAUUCAAAAUAAAAUCAAGCAGUUUGAUGAGGUUACGGUUAAGAUUCAAGAGUGUGAAGCAACUCUCUUAUUGGCAACAGAUAAAGGUGAAAGAAUUGCUGAAGUAGGUUCUGCGUUCGAUCAUAACAACAUAACUCAGCAGUUGCAAUCAUUAAAACAACAAUUGCUUACUUUGAGAAAAGCUGUGGAAAAAGAAAGACAGAAGCUUGAAGCUACUGCAGCAGAACACAUUAAACUUGCUUCUGAUUUAGAACAAGUCUUAGAUUGGAUUCGUGAAAAUGAGGCUCUCAUUAAAUCUAGACCAUUACUUGAAAUUAAUAUUAAUAGUGUUGAAACCGAUUUAAAAGCACAUGAGGAAUUAAAAGUACGAGUUGAUGAGCAUUUGUCUCGAUUGAAAACGAUACAUUCAACAGCUCAAAACGAAACUAUUGAAGACAGCACAAUGCUCGAAUGUUUAAGUGAAGCUAACUCAUUUUUAAAUACUAUACCAAAAGAAUUGCAAGACAGACAAACAUAUUUAAAUAUAAAUAAAGACUAUCGUAUAGACUACGAACAGUUAAAGCACGAAUUUACACUGUGGAUCAACGAAGCUAAACAAAAAUUAAAAUCUGUUGAAGAAAACAAACCUGAUUACACGAGUAUGAUUUCAAAUUUGGAACAUUUACAAGCAUUUUUCGGUGAUAAGACUAUUCAUGAUUUAGUCACAAAGAAAAUCAAAAAUUCAAUAGAUAAAAUCAGACCAUCCUUAACGUCUCAGCAAAACGAUGUACUGACGGCAGAACAACGAGAAUUUAAUAAAGACCUCGAAGAUGUAAUGAAUUCAGCUAAAGUCAUUCAGAAAAAUAUGGAAGACAAAUUUAGUCUUUUCAAAGAGUAUAAAAGUAUUGUCGACAAAGUAUCAUCGAUUUUAGACCGCUGUAAAUACAACGAAGACCCUAUUCAAAACUUAGCUGGUUUAUACUUCAAUGUUGAAAAAAUUACAUUAGUUCAAAACGACUUAUUUCGCCAACAAGCCGAACUGGAUUUAUUACUGAAUAAAUCAAAACAAUUUGAUGCCAACGAUGAAAUCCAAUCUGAAACCGAUUUGCUUACAAAACAAUGGUCAGAAUUAGAAAAAGAAAUGUCAUCUCGAAUUAUGUUAGUGACCGGAGUGGGUGAAAAAUGGAAAAAUUUCGAAGAUGAGAAUAGAAAAAUCGAAACUGAUUUUACUCGUAUUAAAGAUACUUUAAUGAGCGUUGAUCAAGUGAUUAGAUCAAAAGAUCAAUUAUUUGAGUCAUUAGUUACACUCCGCAAAUUAAAAGAAAACUUGGAUGUUUGUGGCAAUCAACUCAGAAAUAUUAUGCCGAUCGGUGAGAGUGUUCUUAACUUUUUAAUUUCCGAAUCCCAUCCUGCAUCUUCUACUUUGAAGGAUGACAUUGAAUCGCAUUGUAAUAAACACGAGUCGCUCGCGAACCAAUUGAACCACCAACUCGGUCAAUUUGAAGUGAAUUUGAAUGAUUUCACCCAGGUCGAAGCCCAACUUGACAAAUUAGAGUUGUCCCUGAAUAAUCUCAAACCUGAAGUGGAAUAUUUUUACGUAUUUGCUCAAGACAUUGAACAAACUCAGAAGGAAUUUGAUGAUUUAUCCGAAAAAGUAAAAGAAGCUGCCAAUGAUUUAAAAAAAUUUAUCGAAUGCACACAAAACAACUAUAUUUCAUUACAAAAAUUAGUGCCAAACGAUUUGUUAAGCAAGUUCAAUCCGCUGGAGCUCGUCUCCGAAGAAUUGACGAGUCUGAUGGAUUCAAACAGUAGAGGCCUUAAACGGGCCAAAACUAUUCGAACUGAGUAUGUGAAGUAUAUAGACGAUGUGCAGAGAUGGCUUCAAGAGGCUGAAGUGAAGGUUCAAGAUCGCGGCAGUGAACCAAAAAAAGUCAAAGAACAUAUUCAGACCAUUGAAGAUGAAAUAAGUGCAAUUAAUGAUAAACUAAAUAAAGCUAUUAAACACGGAAACGAAAUCGUCGAAAAAACAAAAGAUGAAGAAGAAAAAGAAAUGAUUCCAAAAACGAUUGAAUCGUUAGUAGGAAAAAUGAGUCAAGUGAAAUUUUGGUUGGACGAAAAACGUAGUCAAAUUGGUGACACUUUGGAUGCCUGGCAAAAAUUCUUAUCUGUUUAUGACUUGGUGAUGGCCUGGUGCCAAAGUAAAACAAAUUAUUUAGAAGAACCAAUAACUCUAAGUUCACUCGAAGAAGUAAAACAAAAAGCUCACGAAUUUUCGGCUGCUGUGAAAUCAAGCAAACAACAAAGCAAACAUCUGGCUGAAAUGAGUAAAGAAUUGGAUAUCAUUGCUUUGUCAACAGAUGUUGGACAUUUGCCUGAAAAACUAGAAGAAGCUAAUAAUGCUAAAAAUGAUGUUGAGGGAAAACUUUCAGAAAAGAAUGCUCUAUUACAUGAAACAUGUGAAGAAUGGGAGCAAUUUGAAAGGAAAUUAAAAGAAGUAAAAUUAUUUAUCGAAAAGUCUCAAAAUGCUAUUGAAUCAGCUGCCAACAAAAAAAGAACACUACGUGAACAACAUGAUCUUAGAGAAAAGAUGUUGGCUGAUAUUACAAUACAAAGAAAAAAGAUUACAUUGUCCACUGAAAAAUUGCAGAUUCAUUUUCGAGCUGGUUUUGGUGGCAGUGAAAACAUUGAACAUUUAGCUAAAGAUAGUUUGGCUCAGUUAGAUAAAUUGUUCAAAAUUGUGGAAGAGCAAGCACAUAAUUUGGAAGAAAGUCUCUUACAACUCGAUAAAUAUCAACAAGAAAUACAACAUCUACGUCAAAAAGUUAUUACUGCUGAGCAACAAUUAAGACUAACACAAAGUCCAACGUAUUUACCGCACGAUAGACAAAAGGCUAUGCAAGAACAAAACGACGUUCGAAACGCACUGGAAUCAUAUCAGCAACAUUUGGAUUGCACAAUGAAUGCUGUGCGAACGCAUAUCAAACAUUUUAUCGGUUCCAAUCCUUUGCUGGAAUCCACAUCAUGUACAGAUCCUGUAAAAAAUCUUAAAAAUUCAUCAAAACAAAUAAGCAGUAAUAUUACUAAAACUCCCCAAAUAGUGUUAAAUUUAACUGAAACCGAUAGGCAUCAAACACGAAUUAAAUCACGGUCCCCUUCGCCGUUUUGGAUAAAAGGUGAGACGUCGACGUACUCAGAAGUUGUCAAAACCGGUUACGUAUUGUCAAGGAAUAACAGUAGAAGCCCAAGUCCAGAAUUGAAACGAAUCGAUGUCGAGGGCGGAGUACGUAUGAGUAGAAAGUCAAGUUUCAAUAAUCUACUCCAAACGCCAUCAUUGACGAGAGCCAGAAGUAAAUCACCAAAGGAUAGAUGGCAACCGAAGGAUUUAAAAAAAAACACUACUUUACGCGUAUCACCGCUGCAAACAACGUCGUCUUCAGCAUUUACUGAGAAUGAACAAUUAAAGGAAGACAACUUAAAUUACAUUACUCUCGCACUACCAAGUUCUAAACCCGUAAAACGACGAUCUCGUUCCAGAAGGAACCGAAACGUAACUGAGAAAGACUCCGGAAACAAACAAGACACCGAUAGCGAAUCCUCAGCGAACGUUACAAAAACAUUUAUACCCUUAAGUCAAUCAAGGGACACUAUGAGUUUGUCAUCGACAGAGAAACCGGAAAUUGUCGUGUCAAACAUAAAAACUCGACGGAAUAGCGAAGAUAACCUCCAAUCGCGAAACCUGGUCACUCAAAUCUCUGACACAUGUAACCCGGUGUUUUGCGGUGGUGAUUGGGAUUUAUUGACCGAAGCCGACACUGUUGAGGCAGUACCAUUAAACGCUGCGUCGGACACCGUUGACUUUUCGAAAUCUCGAUUGUCAUUGGAUGGUGUGUUAGGUAGCACCAGAUACUCGGACAGCUGUUUCGAUUUAAACGAACGAUUGAAAGGGAUAUUUGGUUCGGUUGACCAGAAACACUACAGGCAUCACCGUGUUAUCGAUCGUCCGCGAUCUAAAUCUGAUACUCGUGAUCUGAACGAACUCACUCAGAUAUUUACUAACCCCAAUAUCGAUGACAAAAAUAAGUACACGUGCCGUUUCGAACGUAGUGCCGGAUCGGUUAAAACCCAUCUCAAUAGGGACUCCUCUUCCGGUAGACGUUCUUUUGAUAAUAUUAUUAUCUUAUCCCCUCUUGGAAACACGCAAAUGGAGCGGCAGUCAGACGGAACUAUUGACAUCGAACACGACGAGUCUACUAUCAAAUCACAUUUACAAGCACUAAGCGAUGAUAGUAUACCAUUAGAAUUAGCAAUGAAACCAUUUGUGAUAUUUGAUGAAGGGCAUACUGCAAUACAAGAAUUAACUUCAACGCAAACUAUGAUUACUUCAUUAAUCACGGACGAUAGUGAUCAAUCACAAACUAAGGCAAUUAAAGAACUGAAGACAUAUAUAGAACAAUAUGAACAAAUGUUAAUAGAAUUAGAAAUUAAUGAAGAUAAAGACGAAUCAUAUGAUUUAAGUAAAAAAAUUAUGAAAUUAAAAGACAUUUUAACUAGAUACAAAUCUUAUGAAGAAAUAGAAGAAUUUCAAAUAUUAAUUGUUCAUCUUAGAACUAUCAUGGAAAAACUUGAGAAUAUAGUGAUAAACAGAAAUAACAUGGCUACUCAGAUGAAAUUAAAAGAUGUUGAUCAUAUCAUAUGUUAUUAUGAAAAUUGGUUAUUAACAACUGAAAAUGAUGGUCCCAAAUUUGUGGACGAUAUUGAAGAACAAAUUAUUCAAUUAAAAGAUAAACUACAACAAUUAAAAACAUAUGAAAAAAAUGUUGAAUAUGAGACACGUAUUUUAAAAUUUCAACAUAUAAUUGAAAAACUUGAAAUUAUUAAAGAUAACUUCACAAAAUUGAAUCAAAAGGACACAAAAUACAAUGUUGAAAGCACGAUUAUAUCAACUGAAUUAUCUUGCAUGAAUUCACCUAAAGAUUUAUAUAAUACUAGUGUAGAAAGCAUGAUGAUUCCAAAAUUAAACUAUUCAUUAAAUCACCCAAAAAUAGGAUUACAGUCGCAAGAAAAAUAUAGUGUAACUGCCCCGAGUAUAAUAAAAAACACCGAAAGAGAGAAUGAAAUAAACACAAUAAAUAUGCUAAAAGACAGUGAAGUUUUAAGAAGUCCAAAGUUAGUGAGGAAAGUAAACCAAGCAUUGCGAGAUGAAAUAAAUGUUGAUAGUAACAAAGUAUUAGGCUCUCUAGAACAAACUGAAAUAGACACAAAUAAUCGUUUUGAAAUUGAUAAGCCAUUAGAGAAAAAUAAAACAAUAGCCGUUAAUACACAAUUUCAAUCUACACAUCAUGAUAAUAUACGAAAAUCAGAAUCACCAGAAAAGAAAGAAGAUAAAAAAUCCAAAGGUUUUCUUCGGUUUAAAAUGCCAAAUGUGUUUAUGAAAAAAUCAAAACAAGGUGAAAUUGAUAAUGAAAGUAUUCCAAGUAAUACACAGGAACAAAGUGUAGACAUUGAAAGUGAUAAUGUAAAACUAUUAAUGUACAAAAGAAUGAGUAGUAUAAUUAAUGAUACCAACAUUUUACAACAAAAUGAAAACAAAUUAAAUGAUGAAAAUUAUAAAAAAGAAAAUAAUCAAAAAAUCCAGGAUAAAGACUCACCACAUAAUGUAAAGGAAGAUAAUAGUACUACACUUACAAGUAUCAAUGAUAAAGUAGCACGGAUAAUUGAAAAAAACAAAUUAAAAUAUCCAAGUGAUAAAACUAUUCAAAAAGUUCAAAUAAUAAAAGAGAACCAACUGGAUACGGGAAAUCAUGAAUUUCCGAUUACAUCUGAUACACAAAUCAUAAAAAGUGAUCCCGCUGUAAUAAUUAACUCCCGCAGAACAGUUAGACGCAUAAUGGUUAUUGACGGAAAAGAAAUUAUAGUAGAAGAUAUUAUUGAUGAACCUAUAUCUGGUGAAUCUGUUAAAAGUAUUAUGAGAAAAAUAACUAAGGAUGGUAAAGAAGAAGUUGAAAGUAUAAGUGAUCCAACAGAAAUUGAAAAAAUAUUACGGUUGUCUGGAACUAAUGAUAAUGUACAAAAUACAUGUGUAACUAUUACAAAAACACGAAAAACAAUGGUAAGUGGAAAUAAUAUUGAUGGAGAGGAACUAGAUGGAUCUAUCAUUAAUGAUAUGAAUGAAAAAUAUACUAAAAGGACGUUAAAGGACGGAUAUGAAAUAGAAGAAGUGGUGAAAAAUCCGGAUGAAAUAAAAAAAAUGAUUGGUCUCCAAGAAAUAAAAAAUGAUUAUAUCACUGACAGUAAAGUUACAACCACUAAAACACGAAAAAUAAUAAAGCGAAGAAUAGUUGUCGAUGGAAAAGAGACGUUGAUAGAAGACUUUGACAAGACAGAAAACGAAGGAAUAUUAGAUGAAAGUAUAGAAAAAAUAAUAGGUAACAAGCAAGACUAUGAAUCCAUAGAAGAUAGUUUUGAGAUAAUUCCAGCAUUAGGUUUUGAAGAUAAUGUAAGAUCAAUCGACAAUAAUAUGGAUCGUAACAAACCUCAAGAUGGUGAUAGUCCAUUAUUAUCAGAAGAACAAGAACAUAUUGAAAAUCUAGGUAUAAAUAAAUCAUCUAAAGAAAUUGAAACCUCUCCUUCUUUCUUAAGUAAAAUAAUACGUAAAGGUUUUAAAAUAUCAACACCCAAAGCUAAUAAAAAAUCUAGAGACAAUGCUAUAGAUGAAAACAUAGAGAAAGAUGAGAAAAUCAAAUCAGACUUAAAUACUUUCCUAGAAAAAGAACGGGAAAACAAUAGCCUGCAAUAUACAUUACAAUCAAACGAACCAUCAUAUUUAGACAAAAAUGAAUCAAAUACUGAAAUACAAACAGAUAAAGAGAAAUUGUCAGUUAUCAAAGAACCUUGUAUUUUAAAAUCAAAUGGAAAAACUAAAAACGAACUUGAAAAUGUAAACAAACAAGAUGAAGAUACAAACAAAAUAAAAAAAUCAGAAAAAUUGAUCAGUGAUGUUAAAAAAGAUGAAGAAAAUGAACUAAUAAAAACGGUGUUACUAGACAAAAAUAAGUAUGAAAUGCUUUCUAGUAAUAUGACGGACAGUGAUAAUAAACAAAAUGAGAGAAUAGGAGAAAUACAGCAAUAUUCAAUUAUAGAUAGUGAAAACGAGAAACAUAAAAACAAAAAUAAUGAUAAAUCAGAUCUACCUCAACCAAACAUACCUGAAACAUUAAUCAACGUGAAGGAAAGAACAACGGAACAAACAAACAUUUCGAAGAAGGUACAAAAUGUAAUUGAAAGUCCACAUAAAGACAAUAUCACAAAACAAGAAGAUCCGACAAACAAAAGUAGUGGAAAUAUACAUAAAAUUAAGAAAACACGAAUAAUAAGAAAAGUUAUUAUAUCCAACGGAAAAGAAACAAUAGUCGACGAAAAUAUAGCAGAACCUAUAGAAACAGAAGAACGCUCAGAUAUUACGUUACCAGAAAUAAAUCCGAAUGUAAAAGGAGAAGCACUUGAAAAAGAUGAAGAUCAACUACCCAAACAAAAUGUUAAUUCACCUUCAUUCUUAAGUAAAUUGCGUAAAGGUCUAAAAAUGUCAACAUCCAAGACGGAUAAAAAAUUGAAAGACAAGGGUGAUACAGUAAUGUCAGAAUCGGACGAAAAAACUAAAUCUUUAUUGAAUGAUUUUAUUGAAAAAGAGAGAGAGAACAUAAUCGUACAUUAUUCACCAGCAACUGAUGACAAUUCUGGACUUGAAUAUCCCGGAAAAGACGAACGUUCGAAAACGCCCGUAGAAGGAGAUAAAUCAAUCGUGCUACGAAAUUAUGAGGUAUCUGAUAUUUCUGGAAACGAUAGGCCUUUAACGUCCAACACUCAGAUCAAUCAAACUGGAACGGCCACCACGUGGAAAUCGAGAAAGGUUAUUAGACGCAUCGUUAUCAUAGAUGGUAUAGAAUGCGAGGUAGAAGAGAUAAUUGAUGAACCGGAAGCUGGUGCACCGGUUAAGAGUAUAACGAGAAAAACCAUUAAGAACGGCGAAGAAAUAGUUGAAAAUAUUAUCGAUCCGGAAGAAAUUGAAAAGAUCUUACGUCUCUCCGUACUCAACGAUAGCGUAAAGAAUACCAGUGAAAGUGUAACAACCACAAGAAUACGUAGAAUCGUUAGGCGAAAAAUUAUUGUAGAUGGAAAAGAGUCUGUAGUAGAAGAGACAAUUGAUGAACCUAGUAGCGACGAGAUAACUGAUAACGUAAUACUAAAACCGUUCGCUUACGGUACAGAGGGGGUACAAACAUCUAUCAGUGACCUUCCUGUUGACCAUAAAUUAAUAACAAAAACUAUAACGAGGAAAAUUAUUAGGCGUACCGUAGUGAUAGAUGGGAAAGAAAAGGUUGUAGAGGAGGUGGUGGAGGAACCGCAGAGUUUUGAUUUUACAGAAUCGUUAGGUCGAGAAUUAAAUAAAGACGGUAAUGAAAGUUACGGUACUACAACAAUCCCGCUGGAUAAGCGCACAAAUAGGGACUCUGAAUUUAUAAACGAGACUCAAACAGACCAUACCGUUUUGACGACGGUAAAAACUCGAAAAAUAAUACGGAGAAUAGUAAUUGUGGAUGGUAAAGAGACAGUUAUAGAGGAGGAAGUUGAUGAACCUGAGACAAGAGAUAACUCUAAUUUGAAUGAUAUGGAUAAAGAUGAACAGAAAACAAUUGAAAUAGUUGAACAACCGUUUGAAGUAGAUAACGUAGAUGUCGAUAAAACCCAAACAGUAACCACCCGUACAAUUAAAAAAAUACGGAAAAUAAUAAAGCGAAUAAAAACAGUGGACGGGAAAGAAAAGGUAAUAGAGGAAAUUGUGGAUGAACCGAUAGAAGAUUAUAACAUCGAAUCAGGGGAAGGUCUUUCAGUAUCUAUUCCAAGUGUUGAUAUCAUAACUCCUACGAUAUCCGGAGCGGAGUUGCCAAUCACAAUAAAAGAAACCGAUUUACCAUCCGUCGAUGUACCUGAAGUGAAAGCAACAAAACAUGACGUCAAAGUUCCCAAAGUGGAUACCAAAUCAACCAAAUUCGAUUUGUCCGACAUUAAGAUUCCUGGAUUCAAAGGUAAAAAAGAUAAAAAAUCCAAACCUACUUCGGAAUUGGAUAUUAAAUUCGACGACAGCAUUUCGGUGGAUAUUCCUUCUGUAAAUGUACCUAAAAUCGAAGUUCCGACUACAGAUAUUAAAACACCCGACAUUAAGAUCAAAAAAGGAAAAUCACCAAAAGGAUCAACCGAUAUUAAUAUCGACAUCAAGGAAAAGGUGACUGUUGACAUUCCAUCAGUAACCGUCCCUAGUGUUGAUAUUAAAGCUCCAUCAAAACAAACAAUUGAGGAACAAAUUAGAACCGUUGAAGCUGGAUUGCCAUCCGUCGAUGUAGAAAUACCAAAAGUUGAUGUUAAGAAACCGGAUAUACCAAAAGCCGGAAUCAAAGCUGAUAUCAAAACAUCGAAAUUCGAAUUGCCGGAUGUUCAGAUUCCUGGAUUCAAGGGAAAGAAAGAUAAAAAGACCAAACCUACUUCGGAAUUCGGUAUUAAAUUCGACGACAGCAUUUCGGUGGAUAUUCCUACUGUAAAUGUACCUAAAGUAGAAGUACCGACUGCAGAAAUUAAAACACCCGAUACUAACAUCAAAAAAGGAAAAUCACCAAAAGGAUCAACCGAUAUUAAUAUUGACAUCAAGGAAAAGGUGACUGUUGAUAUUCCAUCAGUAACCGUUCCUAGUGUUGAUAUUAAAACUCCAUCAAAACAAACAAUUAAGGAACAAAUUAGAACCGUUGAAGUUGGAUUGCCAUCCGUCGAUGUAGAAAUACCAACAGUUGAAAUUAAGAAGCCGGAUAUACCAAAAGCCGGAAUCAAAGCUGAUAUCAAAACAUCGAAAUUCGAAUUGCCGGAUGUUCAGAUUCCUGGAUUCAAGGGAAAGAAAGAUAAAAAGUCCAAACCUACAUCAGAAUCAAGUAUUAAAGUUGACGAUAAAAUUUCGGUUGAGAUUCCAUCUGUGUCAAUUCCAAGUGUUGAUAUCAUAACUCCUACGAAAUCUGGAGCGGAGUUGCCUAUCACAAUACAAGAAACCGAUUUACCAUCAGUCGAUGUACCCGAAGUGAAAGCAACAAAACUUGACAUCAAAGUUCCAACAGUGGAUACCAAAUCAACCAAAUUCGAUUUGUCGGAUAUUAAGAUUCCUGGAUUCAAAGGUAAAAAAGAUAAAAAAUCCAAACCUUCUACGGAAUUGGAUAUUAAAUUCGACGACAGCGUUUCGGUGGAUAUUCCUUCUGUAAAUGUACCCAAAGUAGAAGUACCGACUGCAGAAAUUAAAACACCCGAUACUAACAUCAAAAAAGGAAAAUCACCAAAAGGAUCAACCGAUAUUAAUAUCGACAUCAAGGAAAAGGUGACUGUUGACAUUCCAUCAGUAACCGUCCCUAGUGUUGAUAUUAAAGCUCCAUCAAAACAAACAAUUGAGGAACAAAUUAGAACCGUUGAAGCUGGAUUGCCAUCCGUCGAUGUAGAAAUACCAACAGUUGAUGUUAAGAAACCGGAUAUACCAAAAGCCGGAAUUAAAGCUGAUAUCAAAACAUCGAAAUUCGAAUUGCCGGAUGUUAAGAUUCCUGGAUUCAAGGGAAAGAAAGAUAAAAAGACCAAACCUACUUCGGAAUUCGGUAUUAAAUUCGACGACAGCAUUUCGGUGGAUAUUCCUUCUGUAAAUGUACCUAAAGUAGAAGUACCGACUGCAGAAAUUAAAACACCCGAUACUAACAUCAAAAAAGGAAAAUCACCAAAAGGAUCAACCGAUAUUAAUAUUGACAUCAAGGAAAAGGUGACUGUUGACAUUCCAUCAGUAACCGUUCCUAGUGUUGAUAUUAAAAUUCCAUCGAAAAAAACAAUUGAGGAACAAAUUAGAACCGUUGAAGUUGGAUUACCAUCCGUCGAUGUAGAAAUACCAACAGUUGAAAUUAAGAAGCCGGAUAUACCAAAAGCCGGAAUCAAAGCUGAUAUCAAAACAUCGAAAUUCGAAUUGCCGGAUGUUCAGAUUCCUGGAUUCAAGGGAAAGAAAGAUAAAAAGUCCAAACCUACUUCAGAAUCAAGUAUUAAAGUUGACGACAGCAUUUCGGUGGAUAUUCCUACUGUAAAUGUACCUAAAGUCGAAGUACCCACUACAGAAAUUAUAACGCCUGAGAUUUCGGAAUUAGGAGUUUCUACAAACAUCAAAACUCCCGAUGUUAACAUCAAAAAAGGAAAAUCACCGAAGGGCACUGAUAAUAUUGAAUUCAACGAAAAUGAUAACAUUUCUGUUGCUGUUCCAUCAACUAGUAUAAAAUCAACUUCCAUUCCUAAAGCAGAUGAUCUUAAGAAGAGUUCUGAUUAUGAAGUAUCAACUACUGGUGUUCCUAUCGCAAGUAUUUCGGACAUAGACAUCGACGAAUCUAAACAAAUGCCGGAUAUAGAAAUUGAUACCAAUGUAGAUAAUAUUCAAUCAGUUAAUCAAAACGUUAAUUCGCCGUCAUUCUUAAGUAAAUUGCGUAAAGGUCUAAAAAUUUCAUCAUCCAAGACGAAUAAAAAAUUGAAAGACAAGGGUGAUACAGUAAUGUCAGAAUCGGACGAAAAAACUAAAUCUUUAUUGAAUGAUUUUAUUGAAAAAGAGAGAGAGAACAUAAUCGUACAUUAUUCACCAGCAACUGAUGACAAUUCUGGACUUGAAUAUCCCGGAAAAGACGAACGUUCGAAAACGCCCGUAGAAGGAGAUAAAUCAAUCGUGCUACGAAAUUAUGAGGUAUCUGAUAUUUCUGGAAACGAUAGGCCUUUAACGUCCAACACUCAGAUCAAUCAAACUGGAACGGCCACCACGUGGAAAUCGAGAAAGGUUAUUAGACGCAUCGUUAUCAUAGAUGGUAUAGAAUGCGAGGUAGAAGAGAUAAUUGAUGAACCGGAAGCUGGUGCACCGGUUAAGAGUAUAACGAGAAAAACCAUUAAGAACGGCGAAGAAAUAGUUGAAAAUAUUAUCGAUCCGGAAGAAAUUGAAAAGAUCUUACGUCUCUCCGUACUCAACGAUAGCGUAAAGAAUACCAGUGAAAGUGUAACAACCACAAGAAUACGUAGAAUAGUUAGGCGAAAAAUUAUUGUAGAUGGAAAAGAGUCUGUAGUAGAAGAGACAAUUGAUGAACCUAGUAGCGACGAGAUAACUGAUAACGUAAUACUAAAACCGUUCGCUUACGGUACAGAGGGGGUACAAACAUCUAUCAGUGACCUUCCUGUUGACCAUAAAUUAAUAACAAAAACUAUAACGAGGAAAAUUAUUAGGCGUACCGUAGUGAUAGAUGGGAAAGAAAAGGUUGUAGAGGAGGUGGUGGAGGAACCGCAGAGUUUUGAUUUUACAGAAUCGUUAGGUCGAGAAUUAAAUAAAGACGGUAAUGAAAGUUACGGUACUACAACAAUCCCGCUGGAUAAGCGCACAAAUAUUGACUCUGAAUUUAUAAACGAGACUCAAACAGACCAUACCGUUUUGACGACGGUAAAAACUCGAAAAAUAAUACGGAGAAUAGUAAUUGUGGAUGGUAAAGAGACAGUUAUAGAGGAGGUAGUUGAUGAACCUGAGGCAAGAGAUAACUUUAAUUUGAAUGAUAUGGAUAAAGAUGAACAGAAUACUAUUGAUUGUUUAGUGUCUACUGAUAAAUCCCCACUUAACACCUGUUCAACGAAAUUGAUAGGAACGAAAUUAAUUGGUGAUAAAGCUAGAAUGAUACUUGUGUCAGAUAAGGUCGAUGAUCAAUUACCAAAAGUAAAAGCAUUUAAACUGAGUGACUUAUCCACGACUUCUAAUUAUCUUAAUGACAUUAAAAAUAAUAUUAUGAGAUCUGACAAUAAUAAAAAAUAUGCUACGUAUUGUAUAUUCUACGAUGAGAUUUUGGAUUUAUUGGAUUUUAUCAAAUUCUACAUCUCAAAACAUAAAAAAUUGAGUGAUGCUGACUUGGAAUUCCAUUUGGAGGAACCCAUAAAUUCAAAACAAAUUAUAAAUCAAGUUGAAUCAGUUAUUAAGGAUGUAUCUAACAUAAAGGAAAAACAAACUAACAAUAGUGAAGAAUUUGAAAAAAUUAAAUUGAUGAUAGAAAAACUUCAAAAUAAGAUAAAAUUAGUAAAAUGUCAGAUUGAUACUUUCAACGAGGAUAUUGAUAUAGUGGAUUGGCAGAAUCAAAUUUUAGCAAUUGAUAACGUUCAUAAAAAAAUAGAACAAUAUAAAUCAGAUUUUGAACAAUUAAAAAAAGGAAAGUCGUCAUAUCAAGAAAAACUUAACAAUUUGGAAAUAUUAUUAGCUCAUAAUCAGUUAGUCAUUGAAGAAUUAUAUGAUAUUAUAAGUACUUACAAAUUAAAAUACAACUUGAAACAUAAAUUACCAGAUGACACAUAUAAAUAUUUAAAAGCUGCGAUAAAACUUGAUAAAGAAUUAGGAAAUACAAACAAACUUUUUAUUGAUGAAAUCGAAAAAGAUAAUUUCACCAAUAUGCACUCUAAACAUUUGGAAUUAGUUUGUGGACCUGUAAAAAAUUUUAAUGAAAAUACAAAUAAAUAUUAUAACAUCAAACAUAUUCUGGAGGAUCUUGAUAAUUAUCAUCAUGUUAUCACAAAACUGGUGAACUUAAAAACUUUAUCGGAAUCCCAAAAACCCGAUAAAAACAUCAUAAAACAUUUGGAUACGGAACUGAAUAACACUCAGUUAAAUAUAAAAAGGCUUUUGUCUAUUCAAAAUGAGUGGACUCGUUUAGAACAUAUUUUAACAGCUGAACAAAAAUGGUUAGAUGAAGUUGGAGUUUCUAUUCUUGAUCUAACGAAAAUAACGUCAAUUAAUUACGUUGAAACGCUGUCUAAUACACAAAAUACAAUCACAAAUGUGACAAUUCAUUACGACAAGCUUAUAUAUUUGAAGGACGUAAUAGAAAAACUCCAGAAUCAAAUUGAUGUAAAACCGUUAUUGUAUGUAUGUGAACAACAUGCGAAUGAUACAUUCAAAUUGAAGAAUAAUUUAAGAGCAAAGGAAAUGCGCUUGAUGACGUUUAAGAAACAAUUUGAUAAAUACAGUGAACUCAAAAACAAUAUUGAAUCGAGUUUGUUACGUAUUACAUCAAUUUUGAAAGAUAUUACACCAAACCAGGAAAUCAUCGAUAGCAAUAUAAUUCGAUACGAAUUAGAGGUUUUAGAAGAAUCUAUUAGAACUUGUUCCAAUAGCUUAAAUGAAUCACUCGAUAUCUUGCCCAUCUCUGAUGGACAAGGUGAAAUUGAAACCAUGGGGUCACUUGCAAUAGAAUGUAAGGCAUUAAAAGAUAAACUACAUAAAACAAGAUCUACCAUGGAUAACUGUGACAUUUCAAAAACAUUUAAACACCUCGAAACCGUUUUAGAAAAACCAAAAGACAUAUUAUUAGACCAUAUUAAGGCGCUCAAAGGUGUGUCAUAUGAAAUAAUUGCCGCUGAGAGUCUUGAGAAUAAUGACCAACAAUUAAUUGCCUUCAAAAAUCAAUGUAAUAGUCAAUUAAAAGAUUAUUCGGAUUUAAAUAGCAAAACCGAAACAUUACGAAAUACACUGUUCGAGCUAACCAACGAUAUAAACAAUGCUAAUUUCACUUUGUCAGAAUUAGAAAAUGAAUCAUAUAAAAACAGGCACACUUCCGAAACAGCAAUAUGCAAAACGUACCAUCAAGUUUCGGACAAUAUGAAAAAUAUACAACAAACGCUGUCGUUGACUUCUCAACAGUUGAAACAAUUAAAAGAUAGUCUUAAGCACUUUAAAAAAGACAGAAAAAUAUUGGAAUCUGAAGUGAAUGAGGUUGAAAAACGGUAUAAACAAUUAAAAACAAAACAUCAAAGUACACUCAAAAUGUUGGAAAAUAAGUGCAACUAUUGGACAAUGGUCGACGAGCUGUUGCUAAAAAUUAGAAUAAAAAAUAACCAUAUAAACAAUUUAAUUUUAAUCCCGUCGAACUCGGAUACCCUAGCUGGCAAACAUUUAGAAGCGAUAUUGAAGCACCUUAAGGAUGUACGCAGCUCUUAUGACAAAGAGAAUAAAGCAAUUUUGGCUGACAUUGAAACCCUUCGUAGGAAAGGAGACAAAGACCAAAUUGAUGAAAUAAUUGACGGUGAUCUGGUGCAAUGGAAUGACACCGGGGUGGCUGUAAAACAAUUGGUAGAACGUUACGAAAAAGCAUCGAAAACACUACAUAAUUAUCAACAGCUAAAAGAGUCUACAAAUGAUUGGUUGAAUAAUAAACUUUUGUCAAUUGAAACCACGGAAGAUGUAUCAGAUAAGUCAAAGUCAAUUGAUAAGCAACAAGAAAAUCUGGUUGAAUUACGUAACAUGAUAACAGACGUAGCCGAAACCAUUGGACUAAAUCCAGAUGACGUACCGCUAAAUGAAAUCGAAGAACUUAAUUUGAAACUAGAGAAAGUCCAAAAACUUCUAGCCGCACUCGGAGAUGUUGCAGACAAAAAGAACAAAAUGUCGGACAACAUCGAAGAUGCGAAACGACUUUUACAUGAUAUCGAAAAGAAUUCAUCAAAAUCCACCAAGAACAAUGACGAGAACCUAAAGGAAUUAAGAAUUAAAUUGUUAGAUUUGAAUAAAUCGAAAAAAGAGAUGGACGAAUCAUUCGACAUUGAUAAUUUUGAAAUACCAUUAAGUGAAAAACGAACAUACUCUAUAAUCGAAGUAUUCCAGCUCUGGCAGCAAGUGUUCAAAGAAACUUUCAACCAAUAUCGUAGAUUAUCGUGUUCUUUACUUGAAAACGAAAACAAUACUGCUGUAUUUGAAUUAUGGCACGACUAUUUAAUUUAUGUACAAGAAUUUUUAAAAUCUCCUGUUCCUAGUGACUACCAUUCGCUGACAAGUCAUGAACGACUUUGUCAAGUACAUCAAGAAGUAUUAAUCAGUCAGAUGGAUACUAUACCAAAUUGUAUGAAUAAGCCAGACAUCAUCUCUGAGCCAGUAGCAAUGGAAAGAUUUACAUCUUUAAUGGAUUUGCACAAUGAAACUAUGACAGAACUCGAAAACACUCAUCAAGAAGUGUGGACCAAACUAGGCCACUGGAAAGAAUACCGAACAAAUGUUAAGAAAGUAUAUGAAUGGUUAUGGAAGGUUGAAAAAAUUCAUUCAAAUUUAAAUCUUAAAUUCAUCAAUACCAGAAGGCUGCCACAAUUAAAAUCUCAAAUAACUAGUUUAUUAAAUAAUCUGACUGAAGAACGUGCUCAAAUCAAAGACUUAGAGAAUCGUCAAAAUACCAUCUUCACGUUUUGUGAUAAGCCUACAGAAACCGGACACAGAAAAGAACUGAUAGCGAUUAGUCAACGAGUCAAUGAGAUCCAAGCGUCAUUAGAAGUUUGGAAUGGUUACCUUGAAAACAUAGAAAAGCUUACUACUUCUUUUGACGUUCAAUGCACAGAAAUAGAUCAAGUAUUGCAAGAUGUUCAAACUAAACUUGAUACACUGAAACAUGAAUUUGGAUCAAACGAGGAUAUAGUGCCAUCUGAUAUACUGAACACAGAGUCUAAUAAAAUACAGGAAUUAAAUAACAGCUUGAAACAAUUAGAUCCGCAAUUUUCGUCUACUACAGAUAUACGAGACAAGCUAAAAGAUUCCUUAGAUCCUAUAGAAAUUCGAUCAUUUGGUCAAAAACUUAGGUUUUUAAUAUAUCACCAAAAGGAUUUACAAUAUCAAUUGUUCUUGUACUCUUGUCAAAUUGACAAUUUAUUAUAUAAACCACAAGAAUUCACUCAUAGAUACACUAGAUUUAGAAAUUGGGCUAUUGAUACCGAAACUCAGUUGAAAAAUUUAACUAAAUCUUUGAAAGAUCCACAAUUUGCUAUUGAUGUAUUGAAACCUGAAUUUGAAUCUCAGAUUAAUUCUAAACAAAAAGAAUUUAAUUGGUUAAAUGGAGCUGGAAAUCAACUAAUUAAAGCAGAAUCCCAAAUAAAUCCUGAACUAGCAAAAACUACUGAAUCUAACUUAAAAGAGAUCAAUGAAAACUGGAAUAAUUUAAAUGGAUCAUUGUAUAAAUAUACCGUCGAAUUACCUACAACAAUUUUGAAUACAAAUAAAUUAUUCGAUAAACUUAAUACUUUCAAAAUUUGGAUCAGCGACUUAGAAUCAAAAAUAAACAACGCAAUUGUUUUUAACGAUCGUUCAGAAUAUAACUUAAAAGAAGAAUUAAAGUGUUUAGAUGCAUUAAGUAAUACCUAUAAAGAAAAACAAGGAGAGUAUAACGAAUUAAUGGCUAGAUGUAAUGAACAACUUAAUAGCGAUAAAAACACAAAUAAUUAUGAUACCAUUGAUAGUACUCAAGAUUUACAGUGCCCAUCAAAGACCUUGCCUAUCAGCUGGAAGAACCUAGAAAACAAAAUAAGCGACAAACGUGUUCGCGUAUUAAGUGCAUGGGAGGAACUGCAAACCAUACUUGGUUUAGUCGACGUAGAAACCAAAUGGCUGAAUCGGUUAAAUAUUUCCGUCGAAGAACAUAACAAAAAGAAAUUCAUAGAACAUAAAAGUUUGUCUGGCUUAAUCAGUAAUUUCGAACAGGAACAACAAACCGCAAAAGACAAGUUUUCUAAGUUAGAACUCGCUGUUUCUAUAUCUCGUUCUACAUAUACUGCGAAGUUUAUUGACGAAGAAAUAGAAAUAAUUAGUAAAAAACGAGAAUCUUUGUUGGAACAAAUUGAUAAGAUACUUAUCGUUCUUAAGAAAUCAUUAACAUUAUGGAAAGACUUCAUUAAUGCUCAUGGAAGGGCUGUAGUGAUGACUCAAGUCGAUACCAAACUAAUUCAACUUGAGUUAUUAGAUAAAUCUGACAAUGAUGACGAAGGAAAUGCACGUGUUAUGGAGAAAAACCUUGGAAAUUUACAAAUAUUAGAAAUGGAGUUGAAAAAAUAUGGAGGACUUCUCGAAAAGGCAGAUGCAUUAGGUCUGCAAUUAAUGACUAAUAGUACUCCUAAUGAUAUAAAAAAUAUUCAAGAAAUGAUUGAUGAGUACCAACUUUUAUGGAAAGAUAUCAAUAAUCGUAUUGAAAAAUUGAAAGUGGCAUGUGUUCAAGAAACCUCGUGUAGAAAGAAGCGGUCGGUAAACGAAGAAGUUCAAGUAGAAACAUUAAAGUUUGGCAAAGAUUCACAAAUACAAGUCGACACUCUUCCCACUGAAUUACUCAGAAAAGACUCAUUCCAAUACGAAUUACAAACAGCGAUAGCGAACGCUACUACUAACUUAAACGAGUUAGAAUUAGCUAUACAAAAAUCUGACAAGAAUUUGUCGAAAAACAUUGCAACUUGUCAAAUGUCCAUAGACUUGAUCAAACAUCUCAGUGUCAUAUUAAAAACACAAUGUGGAGUGUCCGAGUCCGACAUAACCAUAGUCAGGUCUGAAGAGUUAUUGACCAAGUACGAGGAACUUCUCGUGAAAUUCCGAUUACAGCAACAAGUCAAUCAACCAAAAAACAGCAGUUCGGCGAUGUGUCCACUGUGUUCCGAACAAAACUGGUCACAGUUCGAAAACGACAUGUGGCGCUUGGAACACUGGAUACAGUCAACCGAAGCUAAGCUGAGCGUCCAACCCAUGAUACCACCAUCGAAGAUUGAACAACUAGAAGACGUCAUACAAGAGCACAGGGAACUCCUAUUGUACUUGGACAGUCACCGAAAUAUUGUGCAGUCCUUGAACGUGAUUGGACAGCAUUUGGCCGAUCAUAGCAAUGACGAGGAAAGAGCAUCUCAGAUCAAGAACCGUUUAUCUGCAACCAAUUCCAGAUGGGAUCGUGUCUGUUUCGCGUGCACCGAAUGGCAAACUAAAUUGCAGACUGCACUCAUGGAGAACGAUGAGUUUUACGGCGUAAUUGACGAACUCGUCGAUUGGCUAAACGAAACAGAACGAGCGAUCAAGACGACCGAACCGGUAGACCUGGCCGAAGAUACGGCUAUCAUAGUAGACAAAUUCAACAAGUUUAAGAACAUGCACGCGGAACUGGAGAGGUGCGAACCACGAGUGGUGUCGCUGCUCGAGGCAGCCGACUGGCUACGUCAGGCCAACGAAAAAACUGGCGCCACGACGCGCUCAGCUUCCGCCACCGCCUCCGAAUCCGAUCAGACCAUCGUCGACUCUCACGCAAGACUGUCACACCUCAGGACCCGGCUUACAGUGUUAAUAAACAUGACGGCUAGCUACGUGACGAAACUGGGCACGACCUUGGGCUACGACAUGUCGCCGGACAACGUUUGCAUAAGACUCCACCAGGUGGAUGAUACCAGCACCGCUAUGAAUCGAUCCAAUGAAGAAGAACCGAACACAAAUGUUGGCGGAGAUGAGACGGUGCUAAGACGCGGCUACAGAUUCUUCGGACGGGUGAUGCGAGCGUCCCUGCCGUUCCAGGUGCUGAUGCUGCUGGUCCUGGGCGCAGCCUCUCUGGUUCCGAUCGUCGACGAGGAGUUCAGCUGCAUGGAGUCCAACAACAUCGCCUGGAGCCUUUACCCGUUGCUCCGUUACCCCGGCGGACCACCGCCCGUAUAGAGCGACCCCGAUGACCACCUCGCCAACGACUCACCACAUGAUCAUACGUGUCCCCCACCUUUCACCCCCCCCCCCCACCCCACAAUCACCAACAUCGAUCAAUAUUAGGAUUAUAAUUGUCAUUAUUUUUUGUAAUUUUUUUUUUCUUAUUAUUAUUAUAAUUAUUGUAAUUAUUAUUAUUUCUAUACGCACUCAUACACACCACCCAAGUUGAAAUAGUUUAUUAUAUAAUAUUGUUGUGUUCGCCGUUUGUAAUAUUGUUUUGGGGUAUGUUACUCGAACCGUCGUCGUCUCGAUGACACGAUGAUCGAAAAGCAUAUGCCAUUAGAUUAUUAUUAAAUGUCUGUUUUGGAAAUGUAUUUUAAACAUAUACGAGAUAUAUUAUUGUUAUGUAAUACGAACGCUUUAAACAUUUCCCAAGUUUGUCCUUCGAUGAAGUGCUCUAGAAAGUACUUUAUACAGCGUAUUUACCUGCUAUACCGUCGCCGAUUUUUGUUUUUGUUAUUGGUAAUUUAGUGUGACGCGUUCGUCUAUAAUAUAAGUAAUUGACAGUAAUUUGAUUGUUAGAUUUUCACUCUAAUCAUCAUGAUACCCACACGACGUUAAAUCAAAAUUGAAACUAUUAUAACUAUACGAGACUGUCAAAGUGCAGGGUACGAAAAAAAAAUAGUCGUUAAUAAUUAGCGAAUAGUAAAAAAAUAUAUAUAUUAUAUUUACUGUGUUCAUUAUUGAAAAAAUAUAAAUAAAAGUUUAAUAUGAACACGUGUGAUUUGAACGUUUUAAAAUUACUGUCAAUUUAUUAAUGAUAAUUUAUAUAUUUUUAAAGUAAUAAACACAUUUGUAUUAAAUACAAAAAGUUGCGUCCAUAAAAAGAACAAUCAUUAAUAAUUCGUUUUGUUAAAAAUGAUUAAAGCGUUUUCGUUCUUUAGGUUAAUUAAAACAUAAUACUUAUCCCCUAAUAAUAUAUCAACUUAAGUUUCGUGCUUAACAUUAACACUACUAACUCUCAUUUUAUUGUUAUUUAUAAAAGUAUAAAGUAUUUUAACUUGUGAUUAAUUUUAAAAUUAUUAUAAGUUUUAUUUUUGAUUUUAGCAUAAUAUAAAUAAUAUAUUUGAUAUUGACUAUAUAAUAUAUAUAUAUAUUAUUAUUAUCAUGAAAAUUUUAUUCAUUUGUUGAUUUAAAAUGUGUUGUUUUAUACAAAUAUCAAAUAUUGAAAUAUAACCAAUAUAUAUUAUACGAUACAAUUUUACA